UGUGUAUGUUGGUGUCUUGCCUUCGCAGUCUUUGUCACGACGGACCAUGUGGUUUUCGCCGAGGAGAAACCGUCCCUGUGUCGCACACCUUCAGGACUUGGUCAGCGGUAGCGGCGGCGGCGGCGGCGGCACCAGGCCGGGCAGCACUCUCGCCGCGUCGCUGCUGUGGAUAUUGAUCCUGUCCUGGUGCUCGGCGCUGGCGCGAGGCCAGAGCUACCACCAGCCCGUGGCCAACACCAAUUACGGGAAGCUGCGUGGCGUGCGCGUGCCGCUGCCCAGCGAGAUCCUGGGGCCCGUGGACCAGUACCUGGGAGUGCCCUACGCCGCUGCGCCGGUGGGCGAGAAGCGCUUCCUGCCCCCGGAGCCGCCCUCCUCCUGGUCAGCGAUCAAAAACGCCACGCACUUUGCCCCCGUGUGCCCGCAGAACAUCCACAACGCCGUGCCGGAAAUCAUGAUGCCAAUCUGGUUCACCUUUAACCUGGAUAUAGUUGCGACAUACAUACAGGAUCAGAAUGAGGAUUGUUUGUACUUGAACAUCUAUGUUCCAACUGAGGAUGACAUUCGAGACCAAGGUGCCAAGCCCGUCAUGGUGUACAUCCACGGAGGCUCCUACAUGGAGGGCACCGGGAACAUGAUCGACGGCAGCGUGCUGGCCAGCUACGGGAACGUCAUCGUGAUCACGCUCAACUUCCGAGUCGGCGUACUGGGCUUCCUGAGCACCGGAGACCAGGCCGCCAAGGGCAACUACGGGCUGCUGGACCAGAUCCAAGCUCUGCGCUGGAUCAGCGAGAACAUCGGCUACUUUGGGGGCGACCCGAAGCGCAUCACCGUGUUCGGCUCGGGCAUCGGCGCGUCCUGCGUGAGCCUGCUCACCCUGUCCCACCACUCGGAAGGGCUCUUCCAGAGGGCCAUCAUCCAGAGCGGCUCUGCCCUGUCAAGCUGGGCCGUCAACUACCAGCCCGUCAAGUACACGCGCAUGCUGGCGGAGAAGGUGGGCUGCAACGUGCUGGACACCAUGGACAUGGUCGACUGCCUGCGCAAGAAGAGCGCCCGCGAGCUGGUGGAGCAGGACAUCCAGCCGGCGCGCUACCACGUGGCCUUCGGCCCGGUGAUCGACGGCGACGUCAUCCCCGACGACCCCGAGAUCCUGAUGGAGCAGGGCGAGUUCCUCAACUACGACAUCAUGCUCGGGGUCAACCAGGGCGAGGGCCUGCGCUUCGUGGAGAACGUGGUGGACUCGGAGGACGGCGUGUCGGGCAACGACUUCGACUUCUCCGUCUCGGACUUCGUGGACAGCCUGUACGGCUACCCGGAGGGCAAGGACACGCUGCGCGAGACCAUCAAGUUCAUGUACACGGACUGGGCCGACCGGGACAACCCGGAGACGCGCCGCAAGACGCUGGUGGCGCUCUUCACCGACCACCAGUGGGUGGAGCCCUCGGUGGUGACGGCCGACCUGCACGCCCGCUACGGCUCGCCCACCUACUUCUACGCCUUCUACCACCACUGCCAGAGCAUGAUGAAGCCCGCCUGGUCGGACGCGGCGCACGGAGACGAGGUGCCCUACGUGUUCGGCAUCCCCAUGAUCGGCCCCACCGACUUGUUCCCUUGCAACUUCUCCAAGAACGACAUCAUGCUGAGCGCUGUGGUGAUGACCUACUGGACUAAUUUUGCCAAGACUGGAGAUCCCAACAAGCCCGUGCCCCAGGACACCAAGUUCAUCCACACCAAGGCCAACCGCUUCGAGGAGGUGGCGUGGUCCAAGUACAACCCCCAGGACCAGCUGUACCUGCACAUCGGGCUGAAGCCGCGCGUGCGCGACCACUACCGCGCCACCAAGGUGGCCUUCUGGAAGCACCUGGUGCCCCACCUGUACAACCUGCACGACAUGUUCCACUACACGUCCACCACCACCAAGGUGCCGCCGCCCGACACCACGCAGAACUCGCUGUCCACGCGCCGGCCCAACGGCAGCAACAAGGCGUGGCCGUUCAACACCAAGCGGCCGCCCAUGUCGCCGGCGUACAACAGCGAGAGCGGCAACGAGCCGUGGAACGGCGAGGAGGCGGCCGGCCCGCUGGUGGUGGAGAACCCGCGCGACUACUCCACCGAGCUGAGCGUCACCAUCGCCGUGGGCGCCUCGCUGCUCUUCCUCAACGUGCUGGCCUUCGCCGCGCUCUACUACCGCAAGGACAAGCGCCGCCAGGACUCGCAGAUGCAGCCGGCCAGCCCCGGCGCGGCCGCGGCCCAGCAGCGGCAGGCCACCGCCAACGACAUCGGGCACCACGGGCCCGAGGAGGAGAUCAUGUCGCUGCAGAUGAACCAGACGCACCACGAGUGCGAGGCCAGCAUGCCGCCGGCGGGCAUCAUGGGCGGCGGGGGCGGCGGCGUGGGCGUCGGGGUGGGCGACCCGCUGCGGCUGGCCUCGCUGCCCGACUACACGCUGACGCUGCGGCGCUCGCCGGACGACAUCCCGCUCAUGACGCCCAACACCAUCACCAUGAUCCCCAACUCGCUGGUGGGCAUGCCCAACCUGCACCCCUACAACACCUUCACGGCCGGCUUCAACUCCACCGGCCUGCCCCACUCACACUCCACCACCCGCGUAUAGCUUUA